AUGGUGAAGAGAGAGAGGAAACGUGGAGAUUGUAUGAAGAUAGAGCUGGAGAAAGAGAGAUUAGCGGCUGAAUCAGCUGCUGAAGAAGCCAUGGCUAUGCUUUUGAAGCUACGGAUGGAGAAAAGCUCGGUGGAAAUGGAAGCUAAACAAUACAAAAGAGUCGCGGAACAGAAGCAAAUCUACGAUCAACAAGUGAUCCAAUCGUUGCAAUGGAUGCUGAUGAAGCUUGAUGACGAAGACAAGAUUGAAAUCAAUGGAGACUAA